CGUCGGCUUUUUUUCGUCGGUUUUGUUUCGUCACAUCCCACUCCCACACCUUCAUCCACCGGUUUUCAGAAUCGCAAAGGAAAAAAGUUCUCUCUCCUCCCACCAGCGGCCUCGAUCUGGGAUCGCCAGGGACGCCGCCGCCGCCGCGGAUCCCACGGCGCCACCUCGCCACCACUGGUCGCCAUGGCGCGGUGUCACCCCGCCGCCACCUCAGCCAAGCGCCGCGCCGCCCCUCCAAACCCUAGCCCGCCCCCUCCGCCCGCCGACGGAUCGCUUCCGCUCCUCCACGCAGCGAGCCGCGGCGACCUCCGCCUCUUCAAGAGGCUGGUGAGAGAUCUGGAUCAGGGCAGGGGCCGUCCCAGGGAGGUCGUGGAGGCGGCCAAGGAUCAAGGUCUCGUGGCGCUGCACUUCGCUGCCGGGAAGGGAAGGCCACGGGUGUGCAGGUACCUGGUCGAGGAGCCAGGGAGAGGAGAAAUUAACGCACGAUCCCCUGUAAUCACGCAUCUCCUGUAAUCACGCACAAAACUAACGCACGAUC